ACUUUUGGUUCUCCUCGACCCAGCCAGCCGCCAUCUUUGAGUUGGGCUUGUGGGAUUGGAUCUCUGUCGCUCCGUGAGCAGCUGGUCCCUUGGAAUGGAUGUCUGAUCAUAGAAGUCUAAUAUUCAGCGUCCUGGAGAAAACAAGAUCUGCCUUGAAGUCGAAAGGUCCCUCGGCUGUCUUUCCUCCCUCAUCAAAGAUGGCCAGUCAGGCGUCAACAACUCCUUUGAAGUUACAAGGGAUGACUUGUUGAGUAACGGAGGGAGCGAUUUACAUUUGGAAAUGAAGUCUCAUACUAUUUUGUUGGUACAACCUACCAAGAGGCCUGAAGGCCGAACUUAUGCUGAUUACGAAUCAGUGAAUGAAUGUAUGGAAGGAGUUUGUAAAAUGUAUGAAGAGCAUCUGAAGAGAAUGAAUCCCAACAGUCCCUCCAUCACAUAUGAUAUCAGUCAGUUGUUUGAUUUCAUUGAUGAUCUGGCAGACCUGAGCUGCCUUGUGUACCGAGCGGACACUCAGACAUACCAGCCCUAUAACAAAGAUUGGAUCAAAGAGAAGAUCUACGUGCUUCUCCGUCGGCAGGCCCAACAAGCCGGCAAAUAAUCCAAGUGGCAGCCUUGGGGGGGAUGUGGGGAGGGCUUGGAAAACAGGUGUGUACAGCGUGCUGUAGUGAGAGCUUUGUAUUAUAGAAGUCCUCUUUCCAUUUUGUUACAAUCUAGCCAAGGCUGAAUGUAUUAGAUUUUUGUCUUGUUCAAUCUGAAGCCCCUGUCCCUCCCUACUUUCUUUUUCUUUUUUACUAAAAAGUAGCUGAAAAUUUGUCUUCACUCAGUUAGCACUUGGUUACAGUUCUUCCCAGCUGUUCAUAUCUGCUUCAUAAUGUUCAUUGUACUUAUACCCUUCUGUGUGAAGGUUUUCCAAAAUUUAGUUACGUCCUCAAAACUCAAAGGCUUAGUAGAAAAUACAAUAAAUGCUCUUUAGUUAAGCUUUC